AUGGAGUUGCAUCCAAUGCGAGAACAGUUAUAUCGCACAUUAACUAAUGGAGAAAAAGUGUUACAUACUUGGAUGGCUUAUUCUCCUUCUAAAGCAUCAUUAUUUUGCUUUUGUUGUCAUUUGUUUGGUCACACAAACACAUCGAGUGAAUCAAAAUUUUGCUCAUCUAAUGGAUUUAAAAAUUGGCAGAAACUAAAUCCCAAAGCAGCCAACCAUGAAUCAAGUGCUCAACACAACCAAAAUUUUUGCAAAUGGAAGGAGUUAGAAACCAGACUUCAAAAAGGACAGACUAUUGAUAUAUAUAUAUAUAAAACCUAUAUGUUGUGGCAAAGGAAACAAAAAAGUGUAGAAAUUCUUGUUAGAAUGUUUGAUGUAAUUAAAUUCCUCGUGAACAGAAUUUGGCUUUUCGUUGUCACAGAGAAGACAAUACCAGCACAAACAGAGGCAACUUAUAACUGGUGCAUUUCCUUGCAAAGUACGAUCCAGUAUUCCAAGAACGCCUUGUGCACAGGAAAAAUGGGUCCAAAAAUUUUGGUCACAAAUAUGUCACCGCAAAUUCAAAAUGAGUUCAUUGGAAUUUCAGGAAAUAAAGUUCGCCAACAAAUUAUCUGUCAAGUACAAAAGGCCAAAUAUUAUUCUAUUAUAUGUGAUAACACUCCAGAUAUUUCACAUAACGAUCAAACAAGCCAAGUUGUGCAAUAG